AUGGGCGCGGCGCCCGCGAAGCCAUCAAGGGAGCGCGUCUGGGUGACCGGCGCAUCGGGCGGCCUCGGGGAGGAGGUCGCAGCGGCCUACGCGGCGCGCGGGUGCGCCUUGGUCCUUUCGGCGCGGCGGCGGCGCGAGCUCGACCGCGUCGCGGCGCGCUGCCGGGAGGCGGGGGCGCCCACGGCCGAGGUCGUGCCGCUCGACCAGGGCGACGGGCAAAGCGUCGAGCGGGCGCUGCGGGGGGCGCUGGCGGCGCCGCUCGACGUCGUCGUGCUGUGCGGCGGCGUCGGAGCUGUGUGGAAAUCAAAUUUACGGCGCGUUCGUCCUGAAUCGCCGCGUCGACCUCCACGCCGUCGCCGCGACGCCUGCGUGCACCCGACGCACUGAUUGAUUUCCACACAGGUCGGAAGCCGCGCGGCGGCGCUCGACACGGACGCUGCUACCCUGCGACGGCUGAUGGAGACGAACUUCCUGUCGACGGCUGAGCUGGGGCGGCGGUGCGCGCGGCACUUUCUCGACAAGCGGAGGGAUGGGCGGGUGGUCGUGGUGAGUUCGGUGCAGGGCUACUUCGGUUUACCCCAGCGCGCCGCCUACGCGGCGUCGAAGCACGCGCUCCACGGCUACUUCGACGCCCUGCGGGCCGAGCUCGCGGCCGAGUCCGCGGCCCGCGUGUCGGUCACCGUCUGUGCGGGAAUCAACCAGUGUGUCGGGUGCUUCGGCGAUGAAGCCGUGAAGUUUUGAUUUCCACACAGGUCACGGUCGUGGCGCCGGGCUACAUCCGGACCGGCCACAGCCUGCACGCGCUGACGGGCGACGGCCGCGCCUACGACAAAAACGACGCCGCGACGGCAUCGGGCGCGGACCCGGCGGCCGUCGCGCGCGCGCUCAUCGACGCCGCGGACCGCCGGCAGCCGGAGCGCCUCGUCGCGCCCGGCGCCGCGGCGACGCUCGCGCGGCUGCUGCGCACGCUCUCGCCGUCGGCGCUCUUCGCGCUCAUGGCGCGGCGGGCCGCGCGGGCGCGGGCCGCCGACGGCGGGCGCGACGACGGCACGGACGGCGCGCUCGCGGUGCGGGUCCUGCGCUCGACCGGCGACGCGUUGUUUGUGCCUGUGGCCCGCGGGUCCACGGUCGCCGACCUCAAGGCCGCCAUCGCAACAGCCCUGGCCGACGCGCCCGCGGAGCGGCAGCGCCUCAUCUUCGGGGGCAAGCCCCUGGAGGACGGCUCCCUGGCGGCGAGCGGCCUGGCAGACGGUCAGACGGUCCACCUCGCGCUGCGGCCUAGUUCUUCUUAAUCGUAUCCGAACACACAC